GCUAAAGAAGAAGUUGUUGUAUUGUAAAAUGGAGGACGAACUUGCAGCCAACUUUCCAUUAGAAGAUAAUAAUGACGGUGAACAGACAGUUUUUGAAGGAUUGGCUGGGUUGCCUAUUGAUCCUCCUACAAAAAGAGAUACCUGUUCUCGUUGUCUUCGACCAGUGAGCGUUGGACUUUGUCCUUUCUUCCCCAAGGAGAGGAUUUCUAUUGAGUCAUGUCUGUACAUCAUCCAGCAUCCAAAUGAAGAGAAGCGGUUGCUACGGACAGUGCCCAUUCUUUCUGCUUGCCUACCUCCUGGAAAAUGUCAGGUCAUAAGAGGAAAAAGAUUCUCGGAAAAAAGAUAUCCAGAGUUGGCCAAAGUGUGCUCCAGUCCCAACACGAUAGUCUUGUUUCCAGGCCCAGAUGCUAUGGAUAUCAGCAAAGUUCCAGUUCCACCACCCAGCAUGAAUGGCCAUAGCAAGGGUUACAAUAUUCUCGUCAUGGAUGGGACUUGGCACCAGGCUACCAGUAUGUUCAAGUCCAAUGCAAUGUUCCAAAUACCUCAACAAGUGCAAUUUACAAACUCUGGCUCCAGUGAGUAUACCAUCCGUACCCAGCCAACCGAUACUACAGUGUGUACAGUGGAAUCGGCCGCUAUAGCACUCUCUGUGCUGGAGAGGAACCCAGAGAUCAGAGAAAUCCUUGCCAAACCAUUGAGGGCGCUGUGUCAGUUUCAGAUGAACCAUGGCGCAGUGAAGCAUCACAGUAAGGCAUAUCUAAAAGCACAUCCAGAGCUUCCUCAAUAUAAGAGUUGGGUGGAUCGUGGACCGAAGCCAUCACCCGAUAAUUCAUGACAGAGAAGGCAUUGUUGAGGAUUGCCAAAUGAUUUACUAUCCUCCCGGCUGAUGACGUGGCACAAGGAGCAGGUCAAAGGAUCAUCGAUGGACAUCCUGCAGGAUCCUCAGGGUGUACGUAUCAUUGACUUACGAUGGAGGCAAAUGAAUGGUAAAGCAAAUGGUCUGGAGACCUGCGGGAAUGCAAAUCACUGCAAUGCUGCCUGUAGGUAAGGCACCAGUCCACAUUACUGUCCUGAGGAUAGGACAUUAGCUGAAGGUCUUCUGGCUUGUUGCUGACAAGAUGUAGGCUACACGUUCUUUCAUUUUGAAAUUGAAAUCAACCAAUUCUUUCUUUUUUUUCGUUUUGUUCAU